AUGCCUGCCACCCUCGGGCUGGCGAAGCAGCGCAGCCGCAGCCGCCGACGAGCUUUCUCAGCUUCUCUGGGACAGAGACAAACGAUUGCGGGGCUCGUCAAGCACCACCUACGGCUCGGCAAUGGACCCGGUCUUGUCUGCGCCGUUGCGCCGCGUGAGAGGUGGAUCCGCGGCGGCUUCAACACCUGCAUUCCCGUCCGGGUGGGGUCGCAGCGCAGUGCCCAGCCUUCGAGUCCAAAAGGCGAGACAACACUCAUCUUCCGCUGCGUCAUGACGCACAAGCUUGCCGAGGGGACUGUCGACGAGAAGCUGAGCUGCGAGGUUGGGACCCACGUGUGGAUGCAGGACCAUACUCGAUCCGACGCCGUCUCCGCACUCUCCUUGGCUACCCAGGCCUCCUUGCGCCCUACACCGCACACCCGACCCACGGCGACCUGCGCCGACCCAACGGCAUACACCCUGCUCGAGUACAUUAGCCCGGCCACCGGGCGCAUGCUCUCGACCACGUGGGCAGCACAGCGGGACGACACGGCGCGCCAGCGGCGGCUGUUUCGCGGGCUGUCGCGCACCAUGCUGUCACUGGCGCGCGUGCCGCAGCCGCGAAUCGGCUCGUUCCCGUUCGACGCCGCCGACAGGACGGUGGUGCUGGCGAACCGGCCGCUGCUCUGCUGCGCUGCCAUCCUCGAGAGCGAAGGCGCGCCGCUGGCCGUGAACGAGACGUACAACUGCGUUAAGCCGUUCGUAGCCGAUGUGCUGGCGCUGCACGACAGGCACUUCCUCGCCGACGCCGUCGACUGA